AUGGCUGUUGGAAAAAACAAGCGCCUUUCGAAGGGCAAGAAGGGUAUCAAGAAGAGAACCGUCGACCCCUUCACCCGGAAGGAUGAGUACUCCGUCAAGGCUCCCUCGACCUUCCAGACCCGCGAUGUCGGCAAGACUCUGGUCAACCGUACCAGCGGUUUGAAGAACGCCAAUGACUCGCUGAAGGGCCGCAUCUUCGAGGUCUCCCUCGCUGACCUGCAGAACGACGAGGACCACUCCUUCCGCAAGGUCAAGCUCCGUGUGGAUGAGGUUCAGGGCAAGAACUGCCUGACCAACUUCCACGGUCUGGACUUCACCACCGACAAGCUGCGUUCGCUCGUCCGCAAGUGGCAGUCGCUCAUUGAGGCCAACGUGACCGUGAAGACGACCGACGACUACCUGCUUCGCCUGUUCGCCAUCGCUUUCACCAAGCGCCGCCCCAACCAGAUCAAGAAGACUACCUACGCCCGCUCGUCCCAGAUCCGUGCCAUUCGCAAGAAGAUGACCGAGAUCAUGCAACGCGAGGCUGCCAGCUGCACCCUCUCCCAGCUGACCCACAAGCUGAUCCCCGAGGUCAUUGGUCGUGAGAUCGAGAAGGCUACCCAGGGCAUCUACCCCCUGCAGAAUGUAUGUUUCCCUCCAAGUGUGCGGUUGGCCCAGACUGACGGCUUUUUUUUUCCCUACCUCCAGGUCCACAUUCGCAAGGUGAAGCUCCUGAAGGCCCCCAAGUUCGACCUGGGUGCUCUGCUGAACCUGCACGGAGAGUCGACGACGGAUGACAAGGGCCAGAAGGUUGAGCGGGAGUUCAAGGAGCAGGUCCUUGAGACUGUUUAA